AGGGGGAUAAAGAGGAGAAAAAAAAUGAAAGAAGCAAAACGAUAAUAAACAGAAUUGAAAACGAAACAGAGGUAUGUUUUGUGGCUGAAAUUGAGCAAUGGAAGCUCUUCUGGGAAGCUCUCAUUCUCCUUCAGCCUCUGUAUCUCCUUCAUUUAUCAUCACUAGCAGCUACAGAAGAAACCCCACUAUUGCUUUUAAGGUGCUUUCGUGGAAUUCUUUGUACAGUGGAAGUAAUAACUCUCGACUAUAUCCUCAUAUAUUGUGUCUUAAAAAGAGUGGCAAUGACAACUCUGGAAGUUGCCCUCCUUUGUGCUACAUUGAGCAAAUGUGCAAAAACAGAAUGUUUUCUCAGCCAAACUGGAGGCUUAGCAAAAUAUUCCUUGAUAAGCAAAGUAUGCUGGUUAUUCAAAACGGCUUAGCUUUUUUACCUAGAAAAUUCAAGACCAGUCUCCGCAAAACAGUAAGGCAUUCGGAAAUAUUUAGGAAUAUAGUACCUGAUAUAUUUGUUCGUUCCUGCAUUGGACUAAUGCUGGUUAUGGCAGUUAAUACUGCUGUUGCAAAAGCUCCUUCUUUUGCUCUCACUGAAGAAAAUCUGCUUUUCUUGGAGGCAUGGAGAACAAUUGACCGUGCAUAUAUUGACAAGACCUUCAAUGGUCAAAGUUGGUUUAGGUACAGAGAAGAUGCACUACGAAAUGAACCAAUGAAUACAAGGCAGGAAACAUAUGCAGCAAUAAAAAAGAUGAUUGCCACUCUGGAUGACCCUUUCACCCGAUUUCUGGAGCCCGAAAAGUUUAAAAGUUUGCGGUCAGGAACUCAAAAUGCGCUUACUGGAGUAGGGUUGUCAAUUGGCUAUCCAACAGGAAAAACUGAAUCAGCUCCUGGACUGGUCGUCGUCUCAGCUUCUCCAGGAGGUCCUGCAAAUAGGGCUGGCAUCUCAUCCGGUGAUAUUAUCCUAGAAAUUGACAAUACAAGCACAGAAAACAUGGGUAUAUAUGAUGCAGCAGAACGGUUACAAGGACCUGAAGGAAGUGGUGUGGAGCUAACUGUACGUCGUGGAUCCGAGACAAGGCAGCUACCACUGAUACGGGAGAAAGUUUCGCUUAAUCCUGUAAAAUCAAGAAUCUGCAAGCUGCCCACUGGAGGAAAUGAUGCUCCACAGAUUGGAUACAUCAAACUAUCAACAUUCAACCAAAAUGCUUCUGGUGCUGUAAGAGAAGCGAUCGAAGCCUUAAGGAAAAACAAUGUUAAUGCCUUUGUGUUGGACCUUCGGGAUAAUAGUGGUGGUCUCUUCCCAGAAGGAGUUGAGAUAGCAAAAAUUUGGUUGAACAAGGGUGUGAUUGUAUACAUUUGCGAUAGCCGUGGUGUUCGAGAUAUUUAUGACACGGAUGGGAGCAAUGUGGUAGCUGCUUCAGAACCCCUAGCAGUGCUGGUAAACAAAGGGACUGCAAGCGCAAGUGAGAUUUUAGCAGGUGCUUUGAAAGAUAAUAAGCGAGCCCAGCUUUUUGGUGAACCAACAUAUGGCAAGGGUAAAAUCCAGUCAGUUUUCCAGCUAUCAGAUGGCUCUGGCUUGGCUGUUACAGUUGCUCGGUAUGAAACUCCUGCUCACAACGAUAUAGACAAGGUUGGUGUUAUUCCAGACCAUCCUUUGCCAGCUUCAUUCCCAAAAGACGACGAGAGCUUCUGUAACUGCCUUCUAAAUCCUGCCUCUGCUUGCCACCUAAACAGAGUCGAGCUAUUCUCGAAAUAACUACUUCCCUACAGUCUGAAGAAAAGAUUUUUUUUUCCAACUUUUGUUUGUAGAUUCCAUAAUUUCCAUUUGAUUCUUUUACCUGAUGCAAGUUGGUGAAUUUGCUCGCAUGCAUCUGAUGUCUGUACAUACCAAGAACAAAGGACAACUUCAAUUUCUUUUGUUAAACUCUUGCUGUAAUAGAAUCAAAUUCAAUUGUUUAGCAAUCAUCUUUUGAACUCUAAAGCAACAAAAUUUCGAUUACA